GAGAAAAACAUUUAUUUACAACAGAACAAGUUGUACUCUCGACCUCCGUACGGCGUUUAAAGGUCGUGCUGGAUUACUUCUAGACGAAACAACUCGGAUAAUUUCAGUAGUUUUAACCGUCUCGGCCGCCCUUUGCUAUAAUCUCCGCCAUUUUGUUUCAGGCGAAUGCUAAUCAUGGGCGCUCGCGCAUUGCACUUUAUUUAUGGAUGGAAUAAAAUUCUUUAUUCGACACUUUGGACUCGAGAAACAAACAUUUCGAACAAGUCUGACGGUCGCGUAAGGACGCGUUGUCACUAAACCUACAGCUUCACGGAGACGGAUUUGAUUUAAAAUGAGCGACGGGGUCGUGAACGUUAUUAUUACAGCGUUACACGCGUUUAUACGGAUUUUUACGCAAACAAACGUCUAGUUUUCUGUUAGGAAACAUGACGUUCUGUGAUUUCUGCUUUUAAUAAAGCUACACAACUAUGUAGACGUUUCCGAAUCGUGAUUUUCUACGAGAUUAUUUUAAAACAACGUAAAGCUGAACUUGUUCCUCUAACUUUUAUUUUACUCCGUUUUUUCAGUUUUGGGUGGCCUGGACGACACGGUGACGUCGGGAAGAGUUUGUUUUCACGCGUGUUUCUGGAUAAAUCGCGUUGGAAACAAGUAUAAAUCCGUGUUUUAUCCGUAUUUAAGUGCUUGGUGCAGUCAAAGCCGCCGGUGAGUCGCCCUCUUGUGGACGAGCGAGGUACAGCAGGCGACGCGCAGAUUAUUUCGUAAGCGAGUUGCGGGCGUUUUGGUGGAUUUCUCUGAUUUAGGAGAACAAGAUCUUGUGCACGUUGUUGAGACUCUACGAUCCAUGGAUGAUCUGUCACUUCGUAAAGUGUAGAGAGAAUGUUACCAGGGUCGUACAGAGCGAUGAUUGUUAGGCCGGUAAUAUUAUUAUUACAUUGUUUACUGUCCAGUGUUCCAGUGUCACACACAUGAGGAGGAGGAGGCUGGUUCUUCUCAAGGGGAAAAUGACAGACACGCCUGCCAGCAAUAGCUCAGCUUCAGGAGCAGAAUUUGACAUGAUGGCAGCUCUUGAUUGGAAGGAUGGCAUCGCUACUUUACCUGGCAGUAAUAUCAGGUUCCGUAUGACAGAAUUCGGGACACUUGAGAUUGUAACGGAUCCCGAGCCUAAAGACAAAGAAGAGGAAUCUUCAUGCCCACAGUCGGAGCCUGCAACCUCUAACGGCUCGUCAGAGCCACCCAAUCAUUCAAAGCAGUCAGAAGCAUCAACAAUACGUACAUAUGAUGGGGCAGCUCCAUCUGGACUGCAGACACAGGCAGGUAGCUCAAGCACAAUGAGCACCAGCAGAGAGGAUCGCUCCAAUGUGGAGAUGGUCAGCUGCAAGUCCUGUGGCCAGUCUGGUUCCCGGGAGUCUUUUCUCCAGGGUAAAUUCUGCAGUUCUGGCUGUGUACAGCCGAGCAGUGGAAGGUCAACUCCAGGUGAUACAGGAGAAGGUGAGCGUUUAGGUAAACGAAUUCGUAAGAAGAAGAAGAUGUUCAUGGAGUCUGAGGAUGAGGAGGAGGACAAUAUUGAGGAAGAGGAGGAGAAGUUUAGAGUCUCAAAAGGCAGAAAAGCAGCCAAACUUGCCAGAUUGGUAACAGCUGCUCCUGUGAAGAAGAAGGCUUGGAGCUGGCCGGCCUUUCUAGAGGAAGAGAAAUCUGUGGCUGCCCCCUUAAAAUUAUUUAAAGAGCACCAGGCUUUUCCUCAGAGUAGGAAUGCCUUUAAGGUUGGAAUGAAGCUGGAGGGCCUGGACCCCUGCCAUCCUGCUUUCUUCUGUGUGCUCACUGUGGCAGAGGUACAGGGUUACAGAAUAAGACUUCAUUUUGAUGGUUAUCCAGAGUGCUAUGACUUCUGGGUGAAUGCUGAUUCAUGGGAUGUGAAACCACCAGGCUGGUGUGAGAAGAUGGGCCUCAAGCUGCUGCUGCCCAAAGGUUGCAGAGAUGGAGAAUUUAAUUGGAACACUUAUGUAAAGAAUUGUAGAGGCCAACUGGCACCAAAACAUUGCUUUAAAAGUCUUAAUACCUCAGUGACCCCCUCAGGCUUUCGUGCUGGGAUGAAGCUAGAGGCUGUCGACAGGAAAAACCCUUCACUCAUCUGUGUAGCUACAAUUUCCGCCGUUGUGGAUAACCGUCUUCUCAUCCACUUUGAUAACUGGGAUGAUACAUAUGAUUACUGGUGUGAUGCCAGCAGCCCGUAUAUUCAUCCAGUUGGGUAUUGUGAGGAAACCGAGUUAACCCUCACCACACCUGCAGAGUACAAGCAACCAAACUGUUUCUCAUGGGAGAAAUACCUGGAAGAGACUGGAACCCAAGCAGCACCUGCUAGAGCCUUCAAACAGAGACCUCCACAUGGCUUUCAGCUGGGGAUGAAGUUGGAGGCAGUGGACAAACGCAACCCCAUGCUCAUCCGUGUUGCCACAAUAGCAGACACAGAGGACCACAGGGUCAAGAUUCAUUUUGAUGGUUGGAGCGAUGAAUACAAUUACUGGAUAGAUGCUGACAGCCCUGAUCUGCAUCCUGUCGGAUGGUGUCAAAAGACUGGUCAUCCUUUGCAGAACCCCAGUUGUUCUAGUGAUUCACAGGUCCCUCCAGGACAAGGCUGUCCUACUACAGGAUGCAAUGGUGUUGGACACAUCAAAGGACCUCGCUAUGGAACACAUUACACGGCUGUGAGCUGUCCUUACUCUGAGCUGAAUCUGAAUAAAGAGGGACUGCUGCCCGACAGGCUGAGUGGAGAGAGGCCAGUGACACUGAGUGGACCUUCACGGCACAGGCGCACAGAAUCAGUCACGCAGACACCCUCAGGCACACCCACACCUACACCCACACCCACACCUACACCCACACCCACAGGCAGCAAUCCUGAAUCCAAUGACAACAUGGACAACUCCUCACCAGCCAAGACUGCCAUUGCAGCGAAGUGCCCUAAACCGAAUCAGGUGAAGAAUGAAGGAAAUGGAAAAGUAGACUCCCUGCAGCAGUUCUUGCAUGACUCUGUGUUCUGUGGCUGGGAGCCACCCAAAUUUCAGCACUGCUGGGAGAAACAUGGGAAACUGUUACCCGAAGCGCUGGGUCUCAGUGCAAAGACAGUGGCUAAGUGGAGCACGGAAGAGGUUGCAAGUUUUGUGAGAAAUCUACCGGGCUGCAGGGAGCAUGCUGCCAUUUUCAGGAAUGAGCAAAUUGAUGGUGAAGCCUUCCUCCUUCUCACGCAGUCAGACAUUGUAAAGAUCCUAAGUAUCAAGCUGGGUCCUGCUCUGAAAAUCUAUAACUGCAUUCUUAUGCUGAGGAGUGUAGAUGAAGAAUAGUAUGCAUAUGCCCUGAACACCUGCCUUAGUGCUUCUGUACUAUUCAGCAACUUCAAGGCAAUCUUUUUUCCAUUUUUUUCUAUAAAAAAAAAAAAUCUUUCCCAAAUACAUGACUCAUCUUUGCAGUGGUGAUAAGUCCACGUUGUACGUAGUCACUGAGGUUGCCCUAUGAUGAGCAAGUACUUCGGAAAAUUGAACAGACUGGAAUUUUAUCUGCUUAAAAAAGCAGUUUUCUGUGAUUGUCCUGUUAUAGAACUGGGCAUCAGAAUGUACAGGUUGGGUCUAAAUAUAAAUGUCUUUGGAGGACUAUGCUGCUAAAUAGGCACAAAAUUUCUUUUUCUUCUGUUUACUCAUGUAUUUUUCAUGUAUUAUCUGUAUUUAGUCCCAACUGAAGUCUGCUACUUUAUUCAAAAGUUAUUUGAUAAUUUGAUUCUUAUUAACUUAUUGUUAAUUGUUUUGUUUUUGGUAUUUUAUUUGAUUUUAUUUUUAUUAACUUUUUGGACUCAAAAGUGCAUGGUUUUGAGGCACUGCAAUAUUAAUGCAUUAUUAUUUAUGAUUUUUAUCGUUAAUAAUUGUAUAAAUAAUUGGUUUAUGAAAUGUGAACAAAUUACACAUUGGUGGACCUUUUACUUGAAAUGUACAAAGUAAUUUUUAAAUUGAUGCAAAAAACAGUUUUGUAUAUGAACCCACAUCACAUCCACAAUAGUCAGGAUGGGUGUAUGUAAGACCCACUAGGAAAGGGAUAUGCUUGUGGGUGUGGGUGUGUGUGUGUUCAUGUGGGUGUGUCUGUAAUCCAGAGAGAAAGAGACUAUGUACAGGUUUUACUUUGCAUCAGGGAUCUAUAUUAGUUCAGUCAAAUCUUAAAAUGAAUGUCUAAUUUGUUGCUGUGUAGUAGUGUCAAAAUUGUGCAUUGUGAAAUCCAUUUAAAAUGUUGUAAAUUGAUGUACAGUGAAACUGAAGUGGGUGUAUUUUGAUCUUUGAGGGUGUGUGUAUGUGAGCGAAAGAUGAACAUAAAGGCGGAUUCCAUUUGAAAUUAAUAUAAAAUGUCAGCAGUAAUUCUCAAGUCUUAACUGAUUAAAGAAAAUAAGCUCUGAGUUACAUCUUAACAUCAGGCAGCCUGACAGCUUCAUUUAGUUGUGUAAUUUUGUUAAUUUGCAUAAAAUAUGUCUUUUUUUUAUUAAUGUAUUACAAAUAAUUUUUACUCUAAUUAUCAAUUUGGGUAUAUUUUUCUUUUAUGUUCAUUUACUCAAUCAGAUGUUUACUAUAACCAAAGAGCAAGAAAAGCAUGUGAACACCUUACCAUCACACCCAUAUGUGGGAGCCACAACUAUGAAAACUUUUUUUUUUUGUUCCAAAGAAUGAUUAUUCCAUAGCGUUAAGAUUUCCCUUCACUGUAACUCUGGAGAUAAAUGGCCUAAAACUAUUCCAAAAGGAUAGUUGCACAAAUUAAGCUCAAUAAAGAAAUGGUCUGCCAA